GGUGCGUUGGGCUUGACGUCGGGGAGACAGAGGCAGAGACCCAGAGACUGCAGGCGAGACGGGCGGAGACUGAGCAGCUCGGAGUUAACCCGAUUGACUCUCUCCAGUGUCCGAUCGAGGUAACUGGAAGCCAUGUCAGCAAAGGGCAGGAAGACUGGGUACAGGGGCAGUGUGAAAGCCUCCCAGAAUUUUUCUGCCAAUCAGGACGCUGAAACUCUCUACAACGCAAUGAAAGGAAUCGGCAGUGAUAAGGAAACCAUCAUUGACUUGCUGACCUCCAGGUCGAACGCACAGCGGCAGCAGAUCUACACCAGCUACAAGACUCUCUACGGAAGGGAUCUGAUCGCUGACCUAAAGUACGAACUGACGGGAAAGUUUGAGAGGCUGAUCGUUGGGCUCAUGAAGCCCCCAGCAGUGUACGACGCCAAAGAGCUGAGAGAUGCGAUCCAGGGCCUGGGGACUGACGAGAAGUGUGUCAUUGAAAUUCUUGCAUCCAGGGACAAUGAGCAGAUCCAUGAGUUGACCAAAGCCUACAAAGAAGUGUAUGAAUCCGAUCUGGAAGCAGAUGUUGUUGGUGACACAUCUGGGCACUUCAAGAAGAUGUUGGUGGUGCUCCUGCAGGGAACCAGAGAGAAGGACGACGUUGUCAGUGAAGAUCUCGUGGCUCAGGACGCAAAGGAGCUGUACGAAGCUGGAGAGCUCCAGUGGGGCACAGAGGAGAGCACCUUCAUCACCAUCCUGGGGAGCCGCAGUCUCUGCCAUCUUCAGUUAGUGUUUGACGAGUAUCGGAAUAUUGCCGGGAAGGAGAUAGAGGAGAGCCUGCGUGACGAGCUCUCGGGAGACUUUCUGAAGCUGAUGCUGGCAGUGGUCAGAUGUGCCAGAAACACUCCGGAGUACUUCGCUUCCCGACUCUUCAAGGCCAUGAAGGGUAUGGGGACACGGGACAACACUCUGAUCCGAAUCAUGGUGUCCCGCAGCGAGAUCGACGUGUUGGACAUCCGGGAGGAGUUCAGGAAAAAGUACGAGAAAUCACUACACAGUAUGAUCAGGAGCGACACGUCCGGAGUUUACAAGCGAGCUUUGCUGCGGCUUUGUGGAGGCGAUGAUGACGUUGCAGGUGAAUUUUUCCCCGAGGCCGCACAGGUUGCCUAUCAGACUUGGGAGCUCAGUGCCUCUGCACGAGUCGAGCUGAAGGGGACGGUGCGCCCAGCUCCCAACUUCAAGCCUGAGGUGGACGUCAAGGCCCUUCGCAAAGCGAUGAAAGGACUAGGCACUGACGAGGACACAAUCAUCGACAUCCUUGCACAGAGGAGCAAUUCACAGAGGCAGCAACUGCGGCAGCAGUUCAAGUCCCAGCUGGGCAGGGAUCUGAUGGCAGACCUGAAGUCCGAGAUUGGUGGGAACCUGCAGCGGAUCCUGCUUGGCCUGAUGAUGACCCCCGCCCAGUUUGAUGCCAAGCAGCUGCAGAAGGCCAUGAAGGGUGCUGGCACUGAUGAGAGAGCAUUGAUCGAAAUCCUUACCACAAGGACAAAUCAGGAGAUAAAGGACAUCAAGGAGGCUUACAAGGAGGCCUAUCACACCAGUUUAGAGGAUGAUGUGAGUUCUGAUACUUCCGGUCACUUCAAGAGAUUCCUCAUUUCCCUAAUCCAGGCCAAUCGAGAGGAGGGAGAAGCAGAUCUAGCCCGUGCAGCAGAAGAUGCAAAGGAAUUAUGCAGCUCCAGUGAUGAGGAAUCUGCCUCCAUGGAGUCCAAGUUCAUCAGCAUCCUGUGCACCAGGAGCUACGCCCACCUCAGGAGGGUUUUUCAGGAUUACAUUAAACUAACCAACAAGGAUAUCGAGCAGGCCAUCAAGAACGAGAUGUCUGGAGACCUCAUGAGCGGGCUGAUUGCGAUCGUGCGUUCCAUCAAGAACAAACCUUCGUUCUUUGCCGAGAGGUUAUACAAGUCCAUGAAGGGAGCUGGGACAGAUGACAGGACUCUGAUCAGGAUCAUGGUGUCCAGAAGCGAAAUAGACCUGAUGAACAUCCGGCAUGAGUUCAAGCAGAUGUACGACACGUCACUCUACUCCUUCAUCGAGAGCGAUACGUCGGGGGAUUACAGCAAGGUGCUGCUGAUGCUGUGUGGCGGCGAGGAUUAGCAGCGGUGGCCCCACCCGAUCGUGUUGGUGUUGCCUUCGACCGCUGGAGAGAUGCCAGGGUAGGAGGUGGAUGGGCCGCGCUACUGGAUCAGUGCGGGAUGAAAAGCCAACACCCCCCCCCCCCCACCUUACGUUCUGUUCCCCCUCACCCUGCCCAAAUCUGCGUGGCAGGAGCCGAGGCUGGGAUCUUGCUGACCCCACGUGCAUCACAGCAAACUCGAUCUUGCACUCCUUGUCCUGGGGACCCCGUGCACCUAAAUCACCGGCUGGGACUCUGCAGGCGCCCGGUCUCCGGAAGCCUCGAACUCUCCGAUUCCAGCCCAGCGUGUCACCGAGUCGGAGGUUCUACGGGUCACCUCCAGAACCGUGACCUGGCCUCUGCCACCGGUGGCCUCCAAACCUGCACCUGCGACCACUUCCCCUCAUUGGUGGGUUUUGCCCCAUCCACUCACCCAAUGUCCCAUCAAAGCCCGGCCACGCCCUCCCCACUGGUCUCCGACAGGGUCUCUGUCACCAGCUUGUGAACCGUUCCUCAAGGACUCCGGGUGUGUAUCCCAUGAUUGCUCCUUCCUCCAACCUGAGGGUUCGCCCCAUUCAUCAUUGUCCCCACUCUGUAACCCUGUGGAGCCCGUCCUUGUGCUUCACCCCCAGCCUUCCCAUCCACCCGUCCCCCCUGCUCUGACCUCCCCUGCCAGCUGCCAUCACCCUCCCAGUUUCCAACACCUCCUCCCAAUCUGCCCCUUCCCAUCAUCCCCUCCUGUUGUACCUCUUCCCAUCAUCUACCACCCCUGUAUGGUUGCCCCUACCAAUCCCCUCACGUUGUACCUCUUCCCAUCAUCCCCCUGUGGUGCACCUCUUCCCAUCAUCCUGUCAUGUUGUACCUCUUCCCAUCAUCCCCUCCUGUUGUACCUCUUCCCAUCAUCCCCUCCUGUUGUACCUCUUCCCAUCAUCUACCACCCCUGUAUGGUUGCCCCUACCAAUCCCCUCACGUUGUACCUCUUCCCAUCAUCCCCCUGUGGUGCACCUCUUCCCAUCAUCCUGUCAUGUUGUACCUCUUCCCAUCAUCCCCUCACGUUGUACCUCUUCCCAUCAUCCCCCUGUGGUGCACCUCUUCCCAUCAUCCUGUCAUGUUGUACCUCUUCCCAUCAUCCCCUCCUGUUGUACCUCUUCCCAUCAUCCCCUCCUGUUGUACCUCUUCCCAUCAUCCCCUCCUGUUGUACCUCUUUCCCAUCACUCCCUUCUGCCUUGCCCUCUCCCAUUUUGCCCUCUCCCAUUGCCCACUACCAAUCCCCUUCCCAUCAGCCCCUACUGUUGUACCUCUUCCCAUCAUCCCCUACUGUUGUACCUCUUCCCAUCAUCCCCUCCUACAGCCCUUCUGGCCAUUUACCCCCUCCUGUCAACCAUUCCCCGUCACCCACCCUUCCCAUCACCCCCUCCACCCCCAUAAUGCCCCCUCCUCACACCUCACCCUGCCUGCCUCAUGGACCCUGACCCAGCACGGCGGUGAAGGGACAGGACGCCGAGUCCGAUACGCUCGGUGGGGAGGGAGGGGUCUUCUCUGGGAGGUUCAUGUCUCAGUCCCCGUGGGGAAAAGAGCCACAGCCGGGAAAAGCGUUGGCAAAAUAAAGCCUCACUCUCCAUCUCCAACAUUCCCAGACUUGGGAGCUUCCAACCAGACCUGUAGACCGCCGGGAAUGAAUUCUACCUGGAUAACCCUCCUUAAUUCCCAGAAAACCUGGCCUUCCUGUUGAGCCUUCCUUCUCUCCUUCCUCUCCCCUUCAAAGUUGCGGUAGAAUUCCCGAGGCUUCAGACUCGAAUACAGGCACCAGUGAUCCCUGCACCUCAACCCAGGAGGCCCUUUGGCUGUGGUGCCGGAAAACCCAACCCAGAUUCCUUCUGGGAUAUCUAGAGUUUGCAAAGGUUCUUGGACUUGCGGCAACAAACUGAUCCUGGGGUUGGCUCAGUGCAGAGGCCAGUGUAACUUCCACACACAGACUCCAUCACCAUCCGUCCCUUCCUCGAUACCAGGCUGGUGAAAGCCACUGUCUGGAAGCUUAUACAUGCCUGGCUCACCAGGGUGGGCGUCAAGGACAACCCCUGGCUUGAGAGAGAUUGGGUGAGGAAGAUGUUAGUCUUUGGCAGGUGGGCAUAUCUGUUGAUGGUUGGUUGGCAUCCCUGGUGGGUGAGGUAUUAGAGGAGGGCAUCUUCUGCCCAUCAGCUGGUUUGCACUCCUUCCCCAGCCGCCUCUUCCAAUUCCCCACCCUUCGGUGCCUCUGGAGCUGAUGUCCUGGAUACUCCUUGAAGGAAGAAGCACUGUGCGUUAAUUAUCAGGUGAAAAAAUAUUGGGGGUGACGGAAGAUGAGGAGGGAAAUGGAGGAGGGAGUUCCUGCGGUUGUGUCACCAGAGACUCCAUCCAACUGGACUGGGCAACCCUUCCUUUCCCUCACCCCCACCCUCCCCCACCAGUACCGGAGCCCUGGGCCCUUCACUAUCUCCAAGGACAGAGUAAGACAUCGCCAUAGACACCACCACCCAAUCCUGGUGCCACCUCUACCAAUCUCCCCAGGGCUUACUUCUGCAUGCAAUCUACGUUCCCCUUAAUGCUCUAUGUGCUUAUGUCAGCUUGUCUUAUUUUAUAUAAAGAUUCCAAUAAACUUGUAAAGAUCCAUU